AUUAUGAUUAUGAUUAUGACAUGGAACCUGAAUGUUUACCACGUUGUAUUGCAGGCAGCAGCGCAGCACCAAUGCUCGUACCUUGUAAACCUUCACGUGAAUGACUUUCUCCAAGUUGGCGGGGAUCCGAAAUGGUUAGCCGGGCUCGACUCUGCUCCUCCGAAGCUUCAGACUUUGAGUCAAGUGAACAAGAUCCUUGCUCACAGGCCCUGGCUCAUUACGAAAGACCAUAUCGAAAGGCUGUUGAGAUCUGAGGAUCACGGCUGGUCGCUGGCGGAGCUGAUACAUGUGUUGGUCCUGCUCACGCACUAUCAUUCCCUGGCCUCCUUCACGUUUGGCUGUGGGAUCAUCUCCGCAACACACAGCGACGGAGGCCACUCACCCCGACACCCAUCUGGACCCGACGUCACCAACGGCAACGGUGUGGAAGAACAACCCCUCGGACAGGAGAGAGUUGACCAGGUCACAGGAACCACCUUUGAAGUCGAGGCCUUACUGGAAAAAAUGAAACGCCUACAAGAAUGUAGAGAUGAAGAGGGAACUAGUCAAGAGGAAAUGGCGACGAGAUUUGAGAGAGAAAAAGCCGAGAGUUUAUUUGUUGCAACUUCAGAUAACGAGAGAUGGAUUGACACGAGAGAGAUCUCUCGUCAUUUUGAAGACCCCAGCUAUGGCUACCAAGACUUUUCCAGACACGGUGACCAAUAUGUGCCCACCUUUCGAGCGCAGGAUUAUACGUGGGAAGACCACGGCUACUCCCUUGUUAACCGGCUUUACCCAGAUGUUGGCCAGCUGUUGGAUGAGAAGUUCCAGAACGCCUACAACCUGACCUACAACACAAUGGCCAUGCACAAAAACGUCGACACCUCCAUGCUACGCCGUGCCAUCUGGAACUACAUCCACUGUAUGUUUGGGAUAAGGUAUGAUGAUUACGACUAUGGAGAAAUCAAUCAGCUCCUGGAUCGCAACUUCAAGGUUUAUAUAAAGACUGUUGUCUGUUCUCCAGCCAAGACGACCAAGGGAAUGUACGACAGCUUCUGGAGGCAGUUCAAACACUCUGAGAAGAUUCACGUGAACUUGCUGCUGAUGGAGGCUCGCAUGCAGGCGGAGCUGCUGUAUGCUCUGACCGCCAUCACCCGCCACCUGACGUGAGGAGAACGCAGCCGUCUGUCGACCGUGGAGGAAGCUGCCAGUUGAUCGGGACCAAAGGCAGCCAGUUGCCCCAACCCACCGCAGUGUACUGCACCACACCCGCCCUGGGACAGGUGCUCCCCCCUGCUGCACUGUGGCUCAGCCUCUACCUACCCUGCUUACAAAGGAAACGGAGGAGCUAAGAGCCGAGGCGUUUGAUCAACGCUCGUGGUUCUGCAAAAAAUACACUGAACGACUAUUGAUAAGAAAGCUAUUCUUCUUUCUGUGUAAAAAAAAAAAUAGACUGUGUGGUUGCUUAAAGUAGAAAUAAAGAA